GUGUUGAGUGUGUUUUACAAAUUGAUAGACUAGAUUUUAUGGUUCACAGCCAUCUGGGUGACGAUGAUUAUAAUUAAUCAGUGUUGAUAUGUCGUGAGAGUUAUUUUUAAUAAUAAUUUUGAUAGAAUAAUUAAGUGCGUUGACGCAAAAUGAUUUGAUGAGUUUAUUGUGAUAUAUUUAACAAAUGGAUCCAGCAGUGGGAACUAAUAAUAACCGUCGUCCAUCGCAGAUGACGCGGUACACCAAUGCUGACUUUGCUGAUGACGAUAGUGUUAACAGUGUUCAACUAAAUGAAGGAAUAAGCAGCAGUACCACCCACAUUCGAUACCACGCUGGAAGUACAAUAUGGAAACUAAGAUCUCCUCUAGAGAAAGUGCUAUUAAUAUUAGUUGGAAUUUUACUUUUUGUUAUAUUUAUUUUAGCCAUAAUUUUACAUGUUACUGAACAUCGAUUAGAAGAAAAUAAGAUGAUUAUAUUUCCUAACGAUUCUUCCGGUCCUUGCCUAAAUAAAUCUUGUAUUCAAAUAGCUAACAACAUUUUAGAAGCUUUAGAUAACUCUGUAGAUCCUUGCGACGAUUUUUACUCGUACGCAUGCAAGGGUUGGAUCAAAGCUAAUCCAAUACCAGAUGCCAAAAGUACAUGGGGUACUUUCAUGAAGUUAGAACAACAAAAUCAACUAGUUGUUAAGAGAGUUUUAGAACAACCAAUAGACACACUCAAAUCUAAAGCGGAACAGAAGGCAAAAAUGUACUAUGAAUCAUGUCUUGAUGUUAACGAAACAGUUGAAGCUUUAGGAGCUCAACCUAUGCUGGAUUUGAUAAGAAAACUUGGAGGCUGGAAUAUUACCAAUAGUGGAUUUGAUGUUACUAAAUGGAAAUUACAAAAUAUUACCCAGCUUAUACAGAAUAAAUAUAAUAUAGGUGGACUUUUCUCUUAUGCUGUAGGAGAAGAUGAUAAAAACUCCACAAGACAUGUUUUGCAAAUUGAUCAGAGUGGAUUAACUCUACCAACCAGAGAAAAUUAUUUAAAUAAAACUAAAGAACAUAAGAAAGUUUUGGAUGCUUAUUUGGAGUAUAUGACUAAGGUAGGCGUUCUACUUGGAGGAGAACCGAACACAACAAGAAAACAAAUGCAAGAUAUAGUCGAUUUCGAAACCAAAUUAGCUAAUAUAACUAUACCAAGCGACAUGCGUAGGGACGAAGAAAAGUUAUACAAUCUAAUGAAACUCGGAGAUUUACAAAUUCGAGCACCAUUUAUAGACUGGAGAAAGUUUUUUGAAGAUGCAAUGAGAAUUGUUAACAGGAAAGUAACUAACAAAGAAGAAGUUGUGGUAUACGCACCUGAAUAUCUAGGAAAUUUGACUACUCUUAUUAAAGAAUACAACAAAACAACUGAAGGAAAAAUCAUAUUAAAUAAUUACAUGGUUUGGCAAACAGUAAGAGUAUUUACUGUGUGUCUUUCGAAAGCAUUCAGAGAUGCUUACAAGGGAUUAAGAACUGCCCUUAUGGGUUCUGAAGGAGGAGAAGAACCACAGUGGAGGUAUUGCAUUCAAGAUACCAACUCAGUUCUAGGUUUUGCUAUUGGUGCUAUUUUCGUAAGAGAAGUCUUCGACCAAAACUCCAAAACUCAAGCAGAAGAAAUCAUCAAUAACGUCAGAAAUGCUUUUAAAAAUAAUUUUAAGAAUUUGAAAUGGAUGGAUGAGGAUACCAGAAAAGUAGCUUUAGAUAAAGCUGAUGCGAUCUCGGAUAUGAUAGGCUAUCCGGAUUUCGUUAAGGAUAUGAAUCAAUUAGAUGAAAGAUUUCAAAAUUUAACUAUCAGAAUUGAUGCUUAUUUUGAUAACAAUAUACAAAUUAGUUUUUUUAAUUUAAGAAAGAAUUUAGAGAAGAUAAAUGAAGCUGUCAACAAAACUACAUGGAGUAUGCCUCCUUCCACAGUCAAUGCUUAUUAUACCCCCACAAAAAACCAAAUGGUUUUUCCAGCAGGAAUUCUCCAAAGUCCAUUUUAUGAUGCUUCCUUCCCAUCGAGUUUGAAUUAUGGUGGAAUGGGGGUGGUGAUGGGACAUGAACUGACGCACGGUUUUGAUGAUCAGGGAAGGCAGUUUGAUAAAUAUGGAAAUCUUAAACAUUGGUGGAAGAAUGAAACUAUUGAUAAGUUUAAACAGAGGACGAAAUGCGUCGUAGAUCAAUAUAAUAACUAUAAAAUAAAUGGUAAAAAUAUAGAUGGUAAUCAGACUCUGGGCGAAAAUAUUGCCGACAAUGGAGGCUUAAAAGCCGCUUACCACGCUUAUCUACAAUUAAUGGGAGACAAGCCUGAACCAGAAAGUCUUCCUGGAAUUCCUUUAAAUCACAAACAACUGUUCUUCGUUGCAUUUGCCCAGGUUUGGUGUUCUGCAGUAACCAAAGAAGCUACGACAUUGCAAAUAGAGAAAGAUUCUCAUUCUCCGGCUCAAUAUCGGGUGAUAGGCGCUUUGAGCAAUCUCAAAGAAUUCAGCGAAGAGUUUCGUUGCAAACCCGGUUCACGAAUGAAUCCAAAAAAUAAAUGCGAAGUCUGGUAAAAUAGAGGAAAAUUAAAAGAAUAUAUAAUAUUCUUUUUUGUAUUUAUAUAAAAAGGUGGGACUUUGAGGUCUAGAAAACCGGAAUGUUGGAGAGUAUAGAGGCUUACUUUUAACAAAGUGGUCCAAAAUUAUAUACCGCGAAUGCUAGAGAUUACGUCCGAAAUGAAUUUCAUUACAUCCCCCCCUUUUUCAAAACUCAAUAUUAAAAGGAUAUUGGUGCGUAAAGAAAUGAAUUUAUUGAAUUUAUAGAUGGUAUACAAUUAUACUAAUCUUUAACAUUACGAAACAAGAUUACACAAAAUAUUAUACGUCUUUAUUUUAUUAAUAACUUUCCCCAAAUUGCAUAUUCUAAUUUUGGCCACUAAUCGUCACAAUUUUUCAUAUUUCUCGUACAGUGCAGGAUACGCAUCAUAGGCAGACAUGAAAUUAUGCUUUUAUCAAGUAAAAAUUAUGUAUGUAUCCAAUAAUGGUAGUAAUAUACUAUUAGGUGUAGAAAAUAUGGUAUAUAAUUUUGGACAAUCAAAUUUAUUUCCAUAUCUAUCUGAUCCAUUUUAAAAAUAAAUUAAUAAUAUCAAAAAUGUUUUAUAUAUACAUAUUUAAAAAAAAACUAAAAUUAUCUUUAUGAAAUUGAGUCCUGUUGCUCAAUAUAUUGUAUAGUAAAAAAUGAUUAGUCAAAAAUCUGUUGAAAAGGUUUUUGUCGUUCAAAAUACAAGAUACCAGUUUGGUAAGUAUUAUAAUAUUAAUUUUUUUUUGUUUGUUAUUACCCCUUCCAUUCGAUGUUUUUUUUUUCAGUUCGGUCUAACGAUGUAGUUGAAAACUACAUUUUCUCCAUAAAUAAUUAUUUUAUUUUAAUGAUUUAAUUUUAGAAAACAUGUAAAUGUGUGUAAGCUGUGUAUAUUUUUUACUGUGAUACAAUAAAUGUAAAUAUUUAGAAUAUGAAAUUGGUCUUUCUUUGGUCGUAGAAAAAAUAUGUAAAUAAAUUCUUGACUACCGGAAUUUUUCUGUUUCGUAUGAAAAUACUUAGGAAUUUUACGGUAUUUACGAAUAAGUAUCACUAAAUACAAGCAUAAUAAUCUUAGCAUAUUCAGAUGACAAUGACAGAACCUCCCACAGCGCCAAACGUACUGAAUAGCAACUUACUCGAAGUGGAUAUAUAUGCGAUUUAGUCCGACGGAAGACUAAUCGGUAAAUCCAAUCGGCAACCCCUUGAUUUUCUGGUCGGACGGAAAACUAAACGGUGACGUCAGAGAUCGACAUGAAUUCACAUGAUUUUGAUUUACACAUGCGCAAUCAGUCAAGAAAUGAAUUGCAGGAUCGAAUUUACAUAUUUUUGAACGUGUAUUUACUCGUGGC